GAAAAAAACAGUAAUGGAAGAUGAUCAUCAGAUACAUAGAAAUAGUACCAAUGUAGCCAAUAAAAGUAGCCCAGAUAGUCCAUGUUCUAAGAGUACUGGUUCCAUCAUUCACAAUACUACCAGCAGCAGCAAUAGCAGCAACAACAACAACAACAACAACAACAACAAUAACAACAACAACAACAACAACAGCAGCAACAACAACAACAGAGCAAGAUCUGUUUUCGCGAAUAAUGAAUGUCGGCCUGAUCAUGAUCGAUUUUUGCCGAUAGCAAAUGUCGGUAGGAUCAUGAAAAAAGUCAUUCCAGGUAAUGGGAAGGUGUCUAAGGAUGCAAAAGAAUCUGUUCAAGAAUGUGUCUCGGAAUUCAUUAGCUUUGUUACAGGGGAAGCCUCUGAUAAAUGCAGGAGGGAGAAAAGGAAGACUAUUAAUGGAGAUGACAUUAUAUGGGCGAUAACGACACUCGGGUUCGAGAAUUAUGUAAGCCCAUUGAAGCUGUACCUCCUCAAGUAUAGAGAGAUGGAAGGAGAGAAGCUCAGCAAUAUUCCUAAGCAACAGCAUGAACAACCACAACAAAAUGUUCCAACUGAUCAUAGUCUUAAUUCUACUUUAACACAUCAUCAUCACACAUCUCAGCAACCUUCCUUAGUAUAUACUAAUCAGCCCUUUUCAAUGUCUUUCUCUCCAAACCCAAUUCACCAACAACUACAUCAACAGGAACAAAAUGAUUCACUUGGGCAAUGGUAAGAAAAUGGGACCUUGAAAAAAAAGAAAGGGGAUCCUUAUUUACUUAUCUACCAUAUAAUUUACAUUCUUUUUUCUUAUUCUAUUUUAUGUAUAAUAAAUUUUUUU